AUGAAGGUUUUUAUGAUCCUCUGUGUCCUGUUCGUCGGCAUCUUUUCUGAAUCGGAUCGUGGUGCUGCAUGGAAAAAAUACAAAAGUGACUUUGGAAAAAAGUACUCUUCCGAUGGAGAAGAAGCCUAUCGUCGAAAUAUCUGUAAAGCUAGCAUGGAUAAGAUGGACAAGCACAAUCGUGAAGCUGACUUAGGCAAGCACACAUACAAGAUGGGAGUGAACAAAUUCUGUGACUUGACUGACGAAGAAUUCAAGAAAGUAUGGCUAAGUGGUGUUAAGGUGCCGAAUGAUACAUUUGCUACAAAAAAUGAUAAAGAAAAGCGAUCGAAUCGUAUGUCGCGUGCAAUGCCGCCACCUAGCCUGGACUUGAGAAACAGUGGAGGAGUCAGUGCCGUCCGAAAUCAAGGUUCGUGUGGUAGCUGUUGGACUUUUUCAGCCGUUGCUGCUAUUGAAUUUGCAUACUGGAAGAAGACGAAGAGUCUGAUGGACCUUUCCGAACAACAGUUGGUAGAUUGUACUUAUGUUGGAACUGGUUACCCAUACGGUGGCUGUAAAGGUGGUUGGAUGUCAGACGCAUUUACAUAUAUUUCAAAAAAUGGAGGCAUAGCCUCGGAGACUGAAUAUCCCUACAAGACUGUACAACGGACGUGCUUAGCCUCAAAUAUUAAAAAGUUUGCGCAGUUAAAACAAACAACGCCUUAUGGCAAAGUUGCAACAGAUGACAACAGCAUCAAGAAUGCUCUUUAUAAUAUUGGUGUUUUGACGGUUUGCGGUGAUGCGACCGGAUGGAACAAUUAUUUUAAUGGUACCUUCAGCAGCACUAGAUAUGUAACUGUCUCGCCAACAUGCAACCAUGCGGUGACGAUUGUCGGUUAUGGUAACGAGAAUGGAAUACCUUACUAUGUGAUCAGAAACUCGUGGGGUGCAAGCUGGGGUAAUGCUGGUUAUAUUAAAUUGGAUGCCCGUCGUUAUCCAAACGGUAAUAGCUAUGGUGGCCUGUUGUUCCAGUACACAUGGUAUCCAAUCUUGGCAUAGAAGAAAUGAACUCGAAAUCCGACUACCCCCAAAUUCCACUAUAUCCUGUCUCUAAAUUCGUGAUUGGUUUUUCUUUACUAUAAAGGCCUCACAUUUUCUCUCAAUCUGGUUUCCAAGACUGGGUGUGGGUGCGGGUGUGACAAGCCGCCAUGACACGUGUUUCGUCCGUGCAAAGGGUGGGGUGUGGGUGUGUAACGGCUACCAUAAUCUAGGUUUCAUCUCGGCUAAGAGAAUCAUCAGAUGACUUAAAAUUCUAUAAUGAUUUUCAAAAAAAUCACAAGAAUAAUUGAAUUUAUUCUGUUCUAUAAUCGUUUGAACAAUUAUAGAUUGAUAAAAUCAUUUUAUAGUAGUGUGUAACAGCUACCAUAAUCUGGAUUUCAUAUGAUUAAAGAUUUUUCGAGAUUGAGAGCAUCACACGACGCGUUUCGACUGUCGUUCAGGCAGUCGCCAUCAGGUAUGUUUACAAUUUAUUAUUACAUCUGAAUUCAAAACUCUCCAAUAAUUUGAAGAAGUUAAGAACUAUUUCGUAAUAAUAAGGGUGUGGGUGUGGGUAGGGGUGUGGAUGUGGGUGGGUGUGGGGUGUGGGUGUGGAUGUGUGGAUGGAUAUUUUGUUUUUUAUUUUAUACCCACACCAAGGGGGAAAAGGCGGUAUUCCAGGAAUGCAUACUCCGACGAUACUCCACCGAUACUCCACUCUACUCGUACUCUACUCUACUCCAUCGGUACUUCACUCGUACUCCAUUCUACUCCACCCGUAAUUUACCCUACUCCGCUUAUACUCCACCUGUACUCAGUCCUACUCCAUUAGUACUCCAUCAGUGAUCCAUUAGCAUUCUCUUAUCAAUUAGGUCCUCAAGUGCCAUAUUCUCUGAAUACCCUUAGGUUCUCAAGGGCUAUAAUCUAGGAUGCCUUUAGGUCCCAAACUUUAUAUUCUGGAGAUACCCUUAGGUCGUCAAGGACAAUAUUCUGGAGUAUCCUUAGGUUCUCGAGGAUUCUAUUCUAGGGCACUCUUAGCUCCUCAAAUGCUAUAUUCUGAGGAUACCCUUAGGUCAUCAAGGGCUAUAUUCUAGGGCACGCUUAAGUCCUCAAAUGUUAUACUCUAGAGAUACCUUUUGGUCAUCAAGGGCUAUAUUCUGGGGAACCGUGGGUCCUAAAGUGCCAUAUGCUGGGGAUACCCUCAGCUCCUCAAGGACUAUAUUCUAAGGGUACCUUUAGAUGCUCAAGCACUAUAUAUAUGGGUACCUUUAGGUUCUCAAGGGCUAUAUUUUGCAGUACCCUUAGGUCCUCCAAUGCUGUAUUCUAUGGAUACCGUUAGGCUCUCAAGGGUUAUAGUCUGGGUUAGCAUUAGGUCCUCAAUUGCCAUAUACUGGGGAUACCUACACGUUCUCAAGGACUAUACUCUAGGAGUACCAAGGGGGAAAAAACGAAAAUGUCGUACUCCCGCACACUCCUUGCACUCUCAGGCUAUGUCUUAACUACGUAUCGGAUCUUUCUAGCUAUUUCAAGUCUACUAUUGGCUCGUGUUACAAUAUAUUAGGCGGAGUCCAGCCUACAUAAGUCUAUCUGACAAUAAAGUCCAAAUAGUUCAUUGUACCCCGAAUUUGCGAGUACAAUGAAGUGUUUAGACUUGAUCUUGAGGGAGACUUACUUAGCCUGGACUCUAGCUAAUAUACCCUAACGCAGAUUAAUAUUAGACUUGAAGUAGCUAGAAAGAUCUCAUGCAUAGUUAUGGCUAGGGAUUGCAUAUAGGGUAAAUAUUUACUUUUUCGUAUGAAACGAUGUCCACAGUAGUUCGACACAUUUGAUCAAAUGUCUCAUUUUCACUUUGUAGAACUCAGCUUUCGCUAUAACCGUGCUCACAACGCUGUUUCUUGAUAUUGCGCAUGAAGAAAAAUAUUGGGAAUUCAUCAAGAAAUCAGUAUUUACUUUACUAAGUAAAUAGUAAAUAUUUUAUGUAUCGCUCAUAUUUGGGUUCAUGAACGAUAUCGACAAACGAUGUCGAAAGCAAAGUGAUACCAGAAGUCGAAUUCUACCAAGUAAUAGUGAAACAUCUGCUCCAGCGCGUCAAACAAUUGUGGACAUCGUUUCAUAUGAAAAAGUAAACACCUACUAUAUGCGCCACCCAUUGUUAUCGCAUAGCCUGGUAACACAGAUAGUGCGCGGCAGUAUGGCAUUUUCGCUUUUCUCCCUUGGUUAUAUAUCAUAUUUUUGAGUAAUAGCAUGUUUAAUGAAAACAAUGAUAAUGAGAGAUCAUUCAUAGUUCAAAAUAGUUCAUUGUACUUCAUCUGCACUUCUCUUGUGCUUCCCUUAUACUCCCCUUGUAAUCUCUCGUAUCCUCCGCACUCCCAUCGUACUCCAUUCUAUUUCCGGAGCACGCGGGUCUUGCUUUUUUCCCAUCUCAAACACUCACAAUAUAGAUCUUGAGAACCUAAGGAUGCCCCACAAUGUAGCACUUGAGGACCUAAGAGUAUCCCUAGAAUAUGGCACUGAAGGACCUAAAAGCAUCCCAAGAAUAUGGCACUUGAGGACCUAAGGGUACCCCAAGAAUAUGGCACUUGAGGAUCUAAGGGUACCCAAGAACAUAGCAUUUGAGAACCUAAGCGUAUUCCACAAUGUAGCAAUCGAGGACCUAAGGAUACCCCACAAUGUAGUAAUUGAGGACCUAAAGCAACCUCUAAAAUAUAGACUUUGAGGACCUUAGAGCAUCUACAGAAUAUACCUUGCACUCCCCUCGUACGUUAAUGAAGUAUGGGAGUAGAUGAAGUGUUGCUUUUCUUCCUUGCACGCUACCCCAUUCUACUCCACUCUACUCCAGUGAUACUUCACUUUACUCCAGUCGUACUCCAGUGACACUCCAUCCUACUUCAACAGUAUUCCACUCUACUCCAGUGAUACUCCACUCUACUACAUCAGUACUCCACCGUACUCCAAGCGUAC